AUGUUGCAAGGUUUAAAUGUCCCCCCUCUGUUUUCUAUUAAUAGAGAAGAGAUACUUAAACCUGUUCAAUAAGCAUAGGUAGAGCAGGUGCCAACCAAGUAAACUGUUGAACUUAAAGAGAUUGAUUUAAAUCCACCAAAUAAAACUUUAUAUAUCAAUAGAUUAAAUGAGAAAGUGACAGCAGAAGAAAUGAGAUAAACAUUAUAUGCAUUAUUUUCAUAAAGUGGAAAAGUGCUUGAUAUAAUUGUCAAGAAAAAUAUUUUAAUGAGAGGACAGGCUUUUAUUUUAAUGGAAGAUGAAGAAUCGGCAAUAUAAGCUCAAAUAAAGUUUCAUAAUACUUAAUUGUAUGAUAAAGUUAUGAAAGUGAAUUUUGCUAAAGAAAAAUCAUACUAUAUUUCAAAAGGAGAUAAUGAGGAGAAGGAGAAGUUGCCUAUGAGUGAUAAAAUAAAAGAACAUAAGAAGAGGAUUUAGGAUAAGAGAUAAAGGGAAAUGUUCAAUCAAAAAUAAUAACGAGAAGCACCAACUAUAUCUAUGCCUUUAACAGUGAAUCAAGUCUACACAGGAGCCAGCAGUAAAAUAAAAGUAUUAUUAUAUAAUUAAUUCUUCGAUUCAAAACUAACCAAAUAAAGAUUGCAUCUGGUUGACUUUGUUAACUUGGAACAACACUUUAGAAACUUUUUCGGAUUUAGAGAGUUUAGAGGAAUCAAACCAAAAGGUGUGGCCUUCGUGGAAUUUGAAGAUGAACUCUAGGCAACUCAUUGUUUGAAUGAAUUGAAUGGGACCUAGUUUGAAGAAGUCACAUUAUAAAUAAGUUAUCAGAAGAAAUGA